AUGGCCACCCCGGUCAUUGACUACCUCCUCGACAGGCCAACUGUUGCGAAUCCGGACGGCAGCCUGUCCAUCAGCUUCCCAACGGCAAACAUUGAGACUUUUGGCUCGCCGUUGGCCAUCCAAGGAAACACCUACCAUGGAUGCAUCGACUUGAGCUCUUCGCCCAGGGGUUCGAGCGUCGACAUUUCUGGCGUUACCUCUCUCAACAAGAGUCGGUUCCACGUCAGAGUUGUAUUUUGGACCCCUGCCAUUUUUUCAGGCCAGCAAAACCUUAUUGACAGUGACCGGCUCCCAUUCUCCCUGUCUCUGAGGGCGACAGCCACAGGGCUCAUCCAGCUGGUGUCUUCGGUGCAGAGCACCACCGUUGGAUGGCAGGAGGCUACCACAGGCCUCGCCGAUUUGACUCCUGUCCACUCGACCCUUUUCGUUACACCAGGCCAGUGGCAUUUUGCGGACCUAGUGUACGAUACGGACACGCUCGGACAUUUCCUCGAUAGUAUCCCUGUUGGUAUUCACGGCUUUGGUAACCGUGGCGACAUCACGUUGGCCGAAGCGGGGAGCUUGGCUAUUGGGGGCAGAACCGGCGCCCUCGCCUUCAAGGGCCAGUUGGCGGCCGUGAGAGUGGACGCCAGCAUCCCUGUAGAGCUCAAGGCAUUACUAGACCAGAAACGCGUCACAGCACAGUGGUAUAUCACAACCAAACUGGAGAACCUCCGUCCCACUAAGAACCUGGGCGAGCCGUCUGGAAGUGCCACUUACUCCACCUCGACGAAUUGCUGGCGUCAGGACUAUGACAGCGGAACCAUCAUGUUUUGUGCCGAAACUACCUCUGCUUUUGCCAUCUAUGGGGCAAUGCUCAACCGCUACAACAGCUUACCUUCCGCAAUCCGUGACGAGGCACUCGGCUUCCUCGUGAGUGAUGUCGUCCCGGCUGAGGACGGGCGCGGAUUCAAAUCCUCGUUUAGCAAAGGGGUAAUUCUUCAGUCUCCACGAAACCCGGAGGAGGCCUUCGAGGUGACCGGGCGUAUCUAUGUCAACUAUGAAAUCACUGGCGGGCCUGCCGGUACCGGAUAUCCUCUGGAGCCUCCACAGACAAUUAGCCGUGGAGUUUCUCAGCGAAUGGAGCACGCCAUGUGGUUCUGGAAGAACAGUGCACCGACCGCCCAUUUCGUUAUGGGCGCCAUCUUACAGCAUUUUCUCGCCACCGGCAGCACCGACGCAUGGGGUUUCCCCAUCAGCGACGAAGCAUCCAUCAAAGCUAAGGACUCUGAUGCGGAAAUCGGUAGGGCCUCUAACUUUGAGCAGGCCACCAUAUUCUGGUCCUCGGCCACCGGUGCCUGCGUGGUCCAGGGGGAUCUCCGCACAAAGUACAGGGAGGUCGGAGGGCCAACGAGCUACCUCGGGUUCCCAAUUUCAGACCAGAGAUCCAUCCCUGGUGCGGCUGGUGGUCUCUACAAUGCGUUCCAGGGUGGCUUCAUAUGCUGGUUUGGAGGCCCAGACAGGAUGGCUGUCGCCACACCCUUUACCUUCUUCCUAGAUACCAUCGACACUGAAGAAAAUGAGGGCCCGUUCUCCGGCCAAAAUGACCUGUUUAUCAAUAUCUCCAUGAGAGAGGGGGCAUCGCACUACUUCUUCAAUCAGCGGGAGCCAUCAGAAGGAACGUUCGACGGUGGAGAUUUUGUGACCGUUCACGGAACCUACGGAGGCGUCAUCACGCCCACGGAAGGCGCGGUAUUCACGCUCGUCGUCGAUGUAUGGGACUCUGACGACACUAGUGCCGACGACGAGCUUGGCACCUGGAGCAAGACCUUGGACAUCACGAACGCUUGGGGCUUCGCCGAGAAUGGUGGCAUCAUCGACUCGGGCGCCGUUGACCAAAUCAAGAACAUUCGCAUAUCCCUAAAACCCACAGUGGAUGUUUCUGGGCUCGAGGAGUAUCAAAAGUACUGGGGGUGGCUGUUGCCCGACGGCUCAGGAGGCGGAGAUUUUAGUACCAACUGGAUUACCCGCCCACAAUUCGCUGAUGCCUUUGACGGGGUAGAUCCGGAUCCCGAGUAUUGGGACCUUUUGGAUGGAUACGACACCUUGUUCUACAACCUCGCGGGAAUCGGCACACUAGGCAGGAAUGGCGAUUGUUACGGGUUGGCACUGGAAGCCCUGUACGCACGCCUUUCUCGCAGCCCCUUUUCGCUACCGCUGAACCGCUUCACGGAUUGGCCUGUUGGCGAACCUACAAUUAUCCUGAAACACCAAUACCAAGUUGGUGCUCAAAGCAUCUGGUACUUUCUGGGACAUAUCUAUGACGGCAGUACUCACAACCCCAGGGAUGUUUUCAACUCAACACAGGAGUGCUGGAACCAGGGGAACUACGCCCUGAUCCACUUCUUCCAAAAUUCCGAUCUUCUCAGCCAUGGUCUUGUUCACACCGUCAUCCCUGUGGCUUGGGAUACGACUUCCAACCCCUGGACAAUCACCGUCUUGGAUCCAAACUAUGUCGGAAAGGACAGGCAGCCUCGCAAGAUAUCUGUCUGGUCUGGCUUGACUCCUGGCACAGAUAUGUGGUAUGAAUACCAAUUCAGCAGCACCACCAAGUUCUCUGGCGGGCGGUGGGCUGGAUCACGGAUGACCUAUACGCCGAUGAGCAUCAUCAGCACGAGACCACGCGUGCCGACGUGGGAUGGCCUCUUACUCAUUCUUUCUGGCGUCAUUGCCGUCUUUGGGGACUCCCUUCAGUCAGCUGCUGUCACUACCGCCGACGGCUCUGACCUCGACGCCACUGGUGACGCAGCGACAGCCAUCCUCCAGGCCGGUGGAAGCGUUGAAGGCUAUUUCAACCCCGUUCCCACUCUGUCCGCCCCUGGAUCUGCCACAACCUCUCCACCAGCCUCGAUGCUUGUUUCCUACGGAAAGCCCUCUUCUCAGCUCCCAGCACGCCUCCUUACCCAGGGUCAGCAGCUCCCUGGGAACGCGGACACUCCACCGCCGAGUCCUUUCCACCCUCUAUCAGACACAGAGAAGGACUUGCCGGACCCAACAUUCGUUCACACUGUGACCGGCACAGCUUCAAAGAAUCCGCCGACCUACCUCCUCAAGUCUGGACUCACCUCCCUCUCCCUCUUCUCCGAACAGCCCCUCGAGGCAGGCGAGUCACUAACGGUCUCUGGCCAUACCUUCAGCACUUCUUCAAAUGCAUACACUAUCAAGCUCCCGCGCCCACGCGUCGUUUCUCUCGCCGUGACAGCGGCGCUCGGCCUCCCCAUGGUAGCAGGCAGUGCCGCGGCGCGCAGCAAGCGCAACGAGGGAACGACAGUGCAGCUUGAUCUGAAGACGCUCAAGCCCGGGGCUGUCCGCAUCGUUGCGCGUCCCGGAGCGGGCAUGGUUGAUGUGUUCCCGAGCAAUGACGCCCUGAUUGCCGGAGCAGGUGUCAAGGUUACCGUGAGAGGUGCAGAGAGACGGGAGCAGGCCUUCCAGCUGCAUGCAAACGGAGCGCAGACAGCUGGGGGUGUGAGGAUCAAGAUCUGCCGGCGACUGGUGGGCGAGCGGGUGACUGUGGGCUAUCUCAUGCCGGCUCAACAGCGGAACCAGCGCCAGUCUGCUCGCGCUGCACAACGCGCCCAGCAAUUUGAUAAAUACUAUUCCACCACGGCAUCUCUACCCACUGACAUUAACGAACCUCCACCAACCUACUUCCCUCCCGAAGAACUCUCCAUCGCUACUGAGGUUGAGCAACUUCUACCACCCCUCAGCCCUGACCUUGGGCCAUGGGAACCAUCUACUCUGGAAGUCCCGCCCAUGGACGCUGAGCUGCCGCUAGAAAACAUGGCUGAUGUGAGCAACGAGCCUGCUACAGACACCUCUCCAGAAAGUGCACGAAAUGAGACCACCCAAGCCAGCCCUAUACUAGAGACGACCGAAAGCUCUAUCCAAGCGACCGAACCAUUCGUGGAUUCAGCUCCCGAUCAAUCAGAAUCCCUUGCAGCCAACACGGCCGAUAACAUCCAUGACCUCGCGCGGGUUCUUACUGACUUUGCAAACCACAUUGUCCUACGCCUAGCGCGGGUUGCUGAUCCAUCUGGACUCCGGACACUAGGCAUCAUCUCCAAGCCUGAUGUGCUGGUCCCGGGAUCGGAAACCGAGGCUUCGUUCGUGUCACUUGCUAAGAAACAAGUCGUGGAGUUCCGUCUGGGAUGGCAUGUUUUGAAAAACAUGGAUUCAGAGAAAGGUCAAUGGAGUUUAAUUGAUCGAAACAUCCGGGAGUGCGAGUUUUUCUCCCAAGGAAUCUGGGAAGGGCUUCCUCGAUCACUCGUGGGUGUGUACUCUUUGAGAACUCGUCUUAGCAGUCUGCUUCUUGGACAAAUUGCAAGUGAACUUCCGAGCCUGAUCGACGAGAUCAACGAGAAAAUCAACGUUUGUCGAUUACAGCUCCAGAAACUUGGCGACCCUCGUGCAACGGUGGAUGAACAACGGACGUAUCUGUUACAUAUCAGCCAAGCCUUCCAAUCUCUCGUCAAAGCAGGGGUGGACGGAACUUACAACGAGCCUUUUUUUCAGAGAUGGGAAAACGACCGCUGGGUACCAAAAGCGUAUCCGAGCAUUCAUUCAAAAUCUGAACGAGCACUUCACUAA